AUGUCUGACAACGAUGAAGACGAUGUUUCAAACAUCUUUAACCAUCCAGCCCCAAGUCAGAUCAAUGAUGAAAACAACAGAUCCACCAACGGGCCGCAAGAGACUGAACAUUCCGAACUCUUUGGCCGCGAUGAAUUGGGCUUUGAUCAAGAUCGAGCUAAGUCGGAUCAACAUAUGGAAGAUCCUGAUCAUCCGAUGGACUCUCUGAUUGAAGAGCUUCAAAACGAUUUCCACCUCAAUGAUCACUUUGGUACACUCGCUUCCAAAGCUGUUAAGUCUCCCCCCGAAGAGCAUUACGCAAGAUCCAUCUAUCUCGUGAGUUCGAUUGCGCAACAUUUUGCAACUGAGCCCAAAACCACCGGAACAACUACUCAGGAUCCUUUUAAAGAUUUUAUUCGCGACACUGCCAGGCGUUUUAUAGUCAAGACUGAUAUUGAAGCUUACACUGCUACGGUGGAUAAGCACUCAAAUAUUAUUGCCAAGUCGCUUCCUAAAUUAACCAGAGACGCAGCCGAUCAAAAACCAGAGGAAUACAAAGCCAAGUUUUACCCGGAAGGCCAUGAUGGGAACAAUGCUACCGGAAAGUCGCCUUAUCGUCAGGCACUUAGCUCUUUGGUGAAAUACGUUCGACAACAGCUGAGAGACUCGAUGUUGGAGAACCAAAAAAUUCAGCCAAGUGCACCGGUGCCAGAUAUUGACACGCUGAUCAAGGCGAUGAUCCAGGAACUCCUUCCAAAAAGUGAGAAGGGGCAACAAGUCCACACCAACAUCACUUGGAAGCAACGAAUCCGAUUCAGCCAUCUCCGAUUGGAGACGGCCUCGAACUACCUCAAUCAUCACCCCAAAGGUGUCACACAGUGGACAAUGAUUGAUCAACGUUUAGAAGAUCUCCGAUGGAAGUCUACUGCCUUCCGACAAAAACAUGCUCAACUGGUCAUUGCGAAGGACAAGGAACUCUUUGGCCAGGGUAAGCUCUAUAAAGAUAUUGUGAAGGCAAGGAUUCUCAUGCCAACCAUGCAAGAAGUUCAGGACGCCAUGCAACUUCCCGAGCCUUCUGCGCCUUCCCCUGUUGCCACCUAA